ACGAGGCCUGGUAUGCCUGCCUGGCUUCACGCUUGUGGACAACGUGGGCUGCAUUUACGUCUCCACCGCCGCACUGAACUUCACCGCCGCCGCCGCGUCCUGUCCCUCCGACUCCCAACUCUUCACCGCCAACUUCCUGAUUGACUUCAACGCAAUGAGGGAAUACCUCUUGAAGAAUUUCCCUACCCCUUACACGCUGUUCUGGAUUGGCCUGAUCCAUGCUCCGGACUCCACUUGGCAAUGGCUCGGAGGCGGAACCAUCGCAACCACUCACCCUUCACCAUUCUGGGGCAAAUCUGACCCUAAUGACCCAGAGCCCAACUGUGGGGGAAUGUAUCUUGAACCUGGAAACAGUUACUGGUAUCAUCUGGCCGAUGCACCUUGUGCCAAAGCCUACAUGUUUCUGUGCAAGCAGACUUGAAUUCACUGGCUUGAAAAGACUUGAAUGCGUCUUUUUCCAUUAGCUAACCAAUAACUAUGAUUAAUCUGGCUCAAAUCCUUCAAAUUAUACGAAUUGCUUGCAUACUUUCAUCUCCUGGCAAACAAUAACAGCCAAAAGUUAGACCGCUGAUGCUGGCAUACCUAAUUCUAUUGCUAACAAACAGCAGGAGCCAAAAAUUAGACCGCUGAAACGAUACCCAAUCUGUAGUAUUAAAAAUGGUAUGAAUUUAUGUGUAACGCUUGCCGAAGGUUGAUCGCGCUCUCUCUCUUCUACUUCACGAACGAAUGGGCUUCAUUUAUAGUAAAUAAUCGUUGCAAUGGAAUCGGGAUUCAUGACACGCAUUCACAAUCAUCGUUACAUAACCUAAAUUUCCAGUCUUGGCGACAUUUCCCUGAUCCCGUUAAUUACUCCGCAUUACCACAAAAUGUGGGGCGUGAGUUGAAUUACUUACGAGGUGAUGCAUUGGCGGCUUAAGUGAGAGCAGAGCGAGACUCAAGCUGUUAAAUUUCGUUUACUUAUUAAUCCUAAGUCAUUAGAACGCAUGCAUUGGCCUGCAAUAAGUUGCAAUCUUACCACCUUCUAGUUAAUCCCUAACAAUGUCUUCACAGCUCAGUUCACAUUAGAUUGAAUAUUGACCUUGUAGAAGUUUGACUCUCAAUUAUCAAGCUGCACGGAGAAUCAAAUUCUCCUGACUUCACUUUUGUCUUUCAACUCGUGUGAUUUUCAGCUCGAAUUUAUGUCCGUGUGUAUUGCUCAUGUAACACUUACUUAUAUUAUUAUAAUCAAUUGAUAUAUAUAAUCAGUAUAAUCCUAUUUAAGA